GCACGCCCUCCCUCCUACGCAAGCAGCGCAGCCAACGGGCGCCCAGCCCGCUCGACGGCGUUAGGAUUUCGGCGUAAGGCUGUCGCGCGCGGGCGACGGUUGCCGUCCCCUUGCGCCGCCAGCGGAGCCGUGUGGUAACAACGCCAGUAUCCCUGCGCGCGGGGGAGUGUGUUGCUGUGAGGCGGCCCGGCCUGGUCCGUCCCCGUCGCUCCCUCGACUCCCUUCUCGCCGCCCGCCGCCGCCGCCGCCGCCAUGAAAUUCGUCUACAAGGAGGAGCACCCCUUCGAGAAGCGCCGCUCCGAGGGCGAGAAGAUCCGCAAGAAGUACCCGGAUCGAGUCCCGGUCAUUGUGGAGAAGGCUCCGAAGGCCCGGAUAGGUGACCUGGACAAGAAGAAGUACCUUGUCCCUUCAGACCUCACAGUCGGGCAGUUCUACUUCCUGAUUCGGAAAAGAAUCCACCUCAGAGCCGAGGACGCGCUUUUCUUCUUCGUGAACAACGUCAUCCCCCCAACCAGUGCCACCAUGGGGCAGCUGUACCAGGAACAUCACGAGGAGGAUUUCUUCCUUUACAUUGCCUACAGCGACGAAAGCGUCUACGGCAGCCAGUAAGGCUUGCCUUCACCUGCCGCCACCAGCGGGGGGCAGCGUGUGCUCCUGAAGGGACCUGCACUUUUUUUGUUGUUUGUUGUUGAUUUUAUGUUCAAGAGCCUUUUGACCCAGGACUGGGGAGGAUUAUGGGUUUCCCCACCACCACCCUUUUCUUUUCUUUUCUUUUUGGAGUGCUCCCUCCCCACCCUUUUAAAACCCGACCCCUUUCUGUUAUGACUACUCACACUUCUCUUUCCCUUAACCCCCGUUGCUGUGCCCUGGGCUUUCUGUUGAAGUGGUUGUGGGAUUGCGGCUACAAGAAAACAUACCUCUCUUCUCCUGCAUUGUUUUUGUCUUCCCACCCCAUUUUUCACUUCUUUUUUUGGGGGGGGGGGAAGCGUUAUGGGGUCUCAAAUUCUCAGCAGCAAAAGAAAUCCUCCCCCGUUUCAAACUUUCAGCUCCACUACCAUGCCCCGAAUUCGCUCUUAUCUAGGGGUUGUACUCUGCCUGGCGCUUUCUGUAACCAGAGCAGGGGAUGGAGAAUGCUAAUAAUUAAAACUAAAAAAACUUAAGAAGAAA